UUUGGUUGUUCGUAUGAAAAAUGGGCUUAAAAGUUCAAAGUACAAACCUGUUGAUUAUGAAGAACUCUAUGCAAUUACUGAAGCAAAGAAAUUACAGUCUGCUAACAUCCUUUUAAAGAUUAAAAAAUUACAGCAUGCCUCAAAAAUUAAUAAGGAACACAUGCUACUGAAACGUCAUCGCCAAGUAUGGUGGAAAGAGCACAAAAGAUUGCACGAAAACAGGCAGAAGUUAGAAUCUGAAAUUCAAACAUUCUUUGAUGAAGAAAAUGAAUGUUUUUUCAACUUGUGGGAUUUGCGAUAUAAAUUAACAAAAGGCUUGGAUACAUUUCAAGCAAACACAGUGCAACCUGUCUGGCAGCUAAGGGAAGAUUUAAGGUACAGACUAUUAGAAAUGCAAACCAACAGCAAAAGUGUGGAAUAUCCAUUUAAUCCAGAUGCUGUAUUAGAAGAGAUAGAGUUUGUGAAGAAACAACAGAAAGCAAUUUUGGGACAGCUUCAUCUGGAGAGAAUAGCUUUGGAAAAGGAGCUCGAGGAAUUUAUAGAUAAAGCCCUGACAUGUACUUUAGAGGAAAGGACCACAUUUGUACCUGAACUUCCACCACAGUUAUUGGAGCUGGAGUGCCCAUAUCCUGAUCUGAAGGCUUCUGUGCUUACUGAAUUUUAUAAACUUGCAGAUGACUAUUCCUUGAAGAUCCAAGAAGCUGAUCAAGAAUUAAAAACCAUAGAGAGCCGUUUCCAGUGGAGUAAAGAAGAUCUUUGGACAUAUCAGGUCAUCACUGGUCAGUAUCCAAGUGACAUGCAAGGUAGAAGAACGCUCUAUUUGGAUAUGCUUCAAAAACUUCUACCUCACAAAUCCAGACAAAGCCUUAUUGCUCAUGAAAAAUCUUGGGACCACUAUUAUUUUACCAGAAACCAAUUGAGAGUUCUGAUGUUCAACUGGGUCCAAGCUAGGAAAACAUUCUUAGUGAAGGCGGUGAUGACUCUCGCAGAAGCUUGCACUGCUUAUGAGACUGAAAUGAUGGUGGCUAAUAAUAGAAGAAAACAGCAGGAAAUAUGUGCUAAUCUGAAAGAGAAGGUGCUGUUGUGGCGUGCUCAGCAAGAGGAGGCUGCCCGUCUGGAAGCUGCAAUUGCCGCCGGAAGAAAAGAAGAAGAAGAUGAAAAGGAGAAGUUUCGGAAAGAAAAAGAAUGGCUUCAAAGAGCGGAGGAUAAAGAAAAAGUGAAAAAAUUUUGGGCUGAAAAACAGCGUAAGUGGCAGGAAAAGGAAGCAAAAGACCUCCUGCGUUUGGCAGAAUUUAAGAAAUUAAUGGCUGAGCAGAUCGCUAAAGACAAAGAGAGAGUUCAGUUUAGGCAAAAGCUGUUGGAAAAGCGUUUGAUGGAGAAAAAAGUAGCAAUCCUCAAGGAAAUCCAGGAAGAAGAAGAAAGGAAGAAGCGCCUUGAUGCUCUCAGAAAACAGGUUGCUAUCGUGGCAGAAAUUGAUCCUGCUCGGAUGGUGGCCGAUACAGUAGCCUCUAAAGCACGGAUGGGUAUUGGAACUGAAGAAGAAUUUAUUCCACAGAAACCUCUGUUUGUAUUGCAUACUUUCAGUGAUGAGCAGAUAAUUUCUGAUACCCGGGUUCGUGUUGAGUUGGCUCUCCGAGAAGCUGGACUUCAUAGCACAGCUUAUGCUCAAGAGCUCUUACCUAAAAUCCCUCCACCUAAACUUCCAAGGAGAGACAUGGUCUCCACAAUUUUUAAAGUAUAGAGCUUUGCAACAUAGUCAAAUCCUUUAAUUUUUUUUAAAAAAACUUUUCCUAACCAAUAAGAAUGCAUAAAUAAACUAUUAUAAUUAAAAAACUAAGAUGGAUACUGAGUUGAUGGUGUUUUCUUUUCCUUUAUAGAGAAAAUAUAUUGAAAAUAAUGUAUUGCCCAGCAGUUUUCAAUAGACUAUCUAUUUCCCCACCUAGCCACCCACAUCCGCCCCCAAAUCUUAAGCAUUGCUGAAUGGAUUUCUUCUUAGAGCAAUGUACUGAAGCUGCAGUCUAAUUAUUUUUAGAGGAAAUCAUCUUUCUCGAUGAACACCUGCAGGAAAUUACAAGCUGUACUUGGCUAUCCAUAUAUCCAUAUGGGAAUGUACCAUAUAUAGUUGUUUGCAUCAAGGCUAGAAAAGCAGCAGUUGGCCCUGAAUUCAACUAAAAUAUCCAGAAUUCAGACCACUAAAUUCUGCAGAGCUCUGCAGAAUCCUCUGCAGAGCUCACUGGCUAAUCUUGAGCAAUCUGUUGGGAGAGAUUAACCCAAACUUUUAUGUAAAUCCAUGAGGCCCCUUUGGAUGCCUUCUCAUUUCUGUUCCCAAUUGGACUCCUGCGUCCUUUUGUUCCCAAGUCUCUAGAAACCAUUCUGCAAUGGUUUUUAGACCACCAAUUUUCUUAAAGAUAGAUUCCCAAUUUAAGAAUUAAUCCGUUCAUACCAAUUUACAAAAGUUUGUUUUACCUGGGUAGUAAUAGCCCACUUCAUUUUUAUGGCAGGAUCUAUUACUUGAUUUUUAAUAAUAAUAAUCCCCUCCCAUUAAUAUAAGUUUCUCUGGCUUUAUUCUUAUUAUUAUACGUGGAAAAUGGAAACUUUCCUUACUUAUGGAAACCAAUAUGAUUCAUCAUGUUUACCACAAACCAAUCAUCCAAACAAUUUCAUUUUGCAAAUGAACUUUGUAAUUUUUUAAAAUUCAUUCUCAGUGUUUUAGCAACAAGAGUCCUUAAUAAAGUAUGCAAAGUGAACUUGUAAACCAUCUCCUUUUGGAACAUUAAAAGCAUUUCCAGUGUUUAUGCCACCUGCAUAUGAAAUAUAUGUAAACAAGGUUCAUCAAAUCUGUAGUUUGCCAAUUAGCUACAGUUCAAACAAUUUGUUCCUUGGGUUGGGGACUGGAUAGCAGUUCCAUUUUAGCAAACUCUGUUUUAUUUUUCAAAGCCACAUCUCUCUCAUAUAUAUAUGGCUCUUUGUGACAGCUAUCUUUCUUGUGCAGUGUUUCUAUAUUUUGCCGACUUGCCCAACAAAAAAUAAAUAAAUUGUAGUUCUCAAGGCUUGCAGACUUCAAAUUUUAGUCUCAGCCCUGCUAUUUUCUCAGCGGAUUCGGUAGUUGCAGAGAGAUAAGGACUGCAAACCCCAGCAGGGCUUAAUCAUAGUUAAACAGACUUGAUGAUUGAAGAGAGUUUGUCCUGGUUUAUGCUGGCAGUAAGUCCCAGUAAAUACCCCAUUAACUCAAUUGUUCAUAGCUAAUUUCUGUUCUGGUAGAUUUUCAUAAUGUAAGGGGGGGGGGGGUACCACAAAGGGAUGGGGUGGUAUUGAAAGAAAGAUGCUUUUUUGUUAUGGUUUUUAAGCUACAGGGGGAAAUACAUUUUACACACACAUACACACACACACACACACACACACACACAAACACACCUUAAUGUUUGGUACAGGCCACUUUAUAAACAUUUUCAGUGUGUUUUGUGUUUUGUCUUGGGCAAACUGGAUAUAUAUAUAUAUGUGGAAAUCAGGUGAUUAGAAGAAAGACAUUCACAAAACCAGGAAAACUGCCAGCCUUGAUUCAGCAUAUUAGUAUCAGAAUGACUGCAUAUGUAGACAAAGAUAUU